AUGCUCGAGUACCGCACCGAGGGAUUCAAUGGAUGCGCAGUGAAAUACUCUCCCUUCUUCGACUCCCGGAUCGCUGUUGCAGCCUCCUCGAAUUUUGGUCUUGUUGGAAAUGGCCGUUUCUACAUCUUUGACCUGACGACUCAGGGUAUUGUCCCGUUAAAAUUUUUCACCACACAAGACGCGCUUUAUGAUGUUGCGUGGUCUGAGAUCCAUGAGAACCAGGCGUUGGUGGCAUCUGGAGACGGGAGUAUCAAACUGUUUGAUAUAGCUGUCAACGAAUUCCCUGUACAAGGAUGGAAAGAACACUCACGAGAAGUCUUCUCAGUUCACUGGAAUCUGGUUGCAAAGGACCGGUUUUGUUCCAGUAGCUGGGAUGGAACAGUUAAGAUAUGGACACCAGACAGGCCACAGUCAUUGCUUACCCUACCAACCAACAGCUGCACUUAUUCUGCAGCCUUCUCACCUCAUUCACCUGAUAUCUUAUCCUGCGUUACUUCAGAUUCCUAUGUACGCGUCUUCGAUUUACGGACUCCUACAGCAUCAAACCACCUCACUUUACAGAUCCCGAUCCAUGGAAUGAACGCACCUCAAAAGCCUGGGUUUACACCUGCCACCGCCCCGACACCUCCAUCAGAAGCCCUUACUCAUGACUGGAACAAGUACCGACCUUCGGUAAUAGCUACAGCUGGCGUGGACAGAACUAUUCGCACUUUUGACAUUCGCGCCCCCCAGCAGGGUCCCUUAUCGGCGAUGAUAGGCCAUGAAUACGCUAUUCGGAAAGUGACGUGGUCACCGCACCUGUCCCAUAUCCUUCUUAGCGCAGGCUAUGAUAUGACCUGCCGCGUCUGGACUGACGGCUCUGAAGGAAUGCCACCAGGUGAUGCGGACCUGACGAGAGGUGGACCAAUGUCCACCCUAGGGAGGGAGUUGGGUCGUAUGGGGAGACACACAGAGUUUGUUACAGGGGUUGACUGGUGCCUCUUUGGAAGUGAAGGGUGGUGUGCAAGCUGCGGGUGGGAUGAGAAGCUAUGUGUUUGGGAUGCCAGAGCCAUCAUGGCGUAG